UAAUGGGCUACAAAACUUCUAAGGGGAGUCUGCAACGGGAACCCCCCCAAUAAAAUGACACGUAUAAAUAUCAACAUGGGCCAAGGACAGAAGGCAAUGUCUCUCAACGUUUCUUCAAGAGAAGAACUAAUUUAGCUGUAAUUUAUCAAAACAGAUCAUGACUGCGUUCGCGCUUUGGAUAGUAUUGCUGCCUACUGCAGCGUCGAAAUUUGUCCUAAACCUCACACCGAAGCAUCCCAUGGCUCGAGUCGGCGACAGUCUGGUCCUGACGUGCAAAGCCAGUGGUUGCGCUGAAGCCGUCACGUUCACCUGGUCUUCAUUGAUUGACCGGUCACUCUACGGUAAAACGGAGACCAACGGGACAGUGUCCCUGCAAAUAUUUAACCCGUUGGAAAUUCAUCACAUUAACACGGUCGUCUGUAAGGCCACAUGCAGAACCAAAGGAGAAGAUACACAAAACGCGCAAACGUCUACUAAGGUGAACGUCUACGCCUUACCAAAGGAUCCCACCAUAUCAAGAAGUGACCUUUUGACUGAGGGUCAGGAGAGUAACCUCACCUGUACAGUUCCAGAUGUGUACCCAGCUAAACGUCUAAUCAUUGAGUGGCUACUGGGAGAUGAAGUUCUCCUCAAACAAGAUGAACAUCUGGAAGUCCAGACUGUCACCUCAGUGUUGAAAUACAGACCGACAGCCCAGAACAAUGGACAGAAUGUUACCUGCAGAGCCACGCUGGACAUUGGGAUUGACAAGAGAACCAGAGAGACUGUCGCAUCAAUGACCGUUCAAUAUUCCCCCAGAAAUAUCACUAUCUCAGAGAACACUCAGGUGAAAAUCGGAGACAGUUUUACACUGACGUGUCGUGCUGAGGGGAACCCUGAACCUACAGUGUUGUGGAGAAAACUGGACCAAGAUGGCCGCUCAGUCGUGGCAGGAGAGGGUGCGACCCUAUUGGUGGAAGAAGCGUCAUGGUCCCACGGUGGAGAGUAUGAAUGUGUGGCCCACAACGUCGUAGGAAACCUUACAGCUCACAUGACUGUUAAUGUUCAAGGUCCUCCAGAGAAGCCUGUUCUUUACCUGAGCCCAUCUGGUAAGCUGAAAGCGGGGGACAGUGUGACCAUUACCUGCCAAUCAGAGAGUGGGCCGCAGGGGCGUGUGGCGUUACGUCAGUUGUCCGGCACUCAGGGGGCGGAGCUACAGUCCAACCAGGGCCACACCUCCAUCACUGUCCAAUCGCUGACAGCUAGAGACUCGGGACUGUACGAAUGUCAGGCUACCAAUCCCUAUGGGAAACAAACAUCUUCCAUUAACAUCACAGUCUUCGAUGAGCUUUAUACAGAGACCCAGAGAACCACAGCGACUGUCGCAUCAAUGACUGUUCAAUAUUCCCCCAGAAAUAUCACUAUCUCAGAGAACACUCAGGUGAAAAUCGGAGACAGUUUUACACUGACGUGUCGUGCUGAGGGGAACCCUGAACCUACAGUGUUGUGGAGAAAACUGGACCAAGAUGGCCGCUCAGUCGUGGCAGGAGAGGGUGCGACCCUAUUGGUGGAAGAAGCGUCAUGGUCCCACGGUGGAGAGUAUGAAUGUGUGGCCCACAACGUCGUAGGAAACCUUACAGCUCACAUGACUGUUAAUGUUCAAGGUCCUCCAGAGAAGCCUGUUCUUUACCUGAGCCCAUCUGGUGAGCUGAAAGCGGGGGACAGUGUGACCAUUACCUGCCAAUCAGAGAGUGGGCCGCAGGGGCGUGUGGCGUUACGUCAGUUGUCCGGCACUCAGGGGGCGGAGCUACAGUCCAACCAGGGCCACACCUCCAUCACUGUCCAAUCGCUGACAGCUAGAGACUCGGGACUGUACGAAUGUCAGGCUACCAAUCCCUAUGGGAAACAAACAUCUUCCAUUAACAUCACAGUCUUCGAUGAGCUUUAUACAGAGACCCAGAGAACCACAGCGACUGUCGCAUCAAUGACUGUUCAAUAUUCCCCCAGAAAUAUCACUAUCUCAGAGAACACUCAGGUGAAAAUCGGAGACAGUUUUACACUGACGUGUCGUGCUGAGGGGAACCCUGAACCUACAGUGUUGUGGAGAAAACUGGACCAAGAUGGCCGCUCAGUCGUGGCAGGAGAGGGUGCGACCCUAUUGGUGGAAGAAGCGUCAUGGUCCCACGGUGGAGAGUAUGAAUGUGUGGCCCACAACGUCGUAGGAAACCUUACAGCUCACAUGACUGUUAAUGUUCAAGCGCCGCCCACAAACCUGUCUGUGGAGGUGUUCCCGUCUGCUGAGUUUGAGAAGGGGCAGAACGUGACCAUCUGGAGCUGGGCUGUGGGCGUUCCCACCCCCUCCGCCACCCUGGUGAGGCUGCGGGAUGGGGUGGAGCUGCACUCCUCUGACGGAACCUUCCACCUGGUCCACCUGGGCCCGGAGCACGCUGGGCUCUACCUGCUCAAUGUCACCAAUGUAGUGGGACACCAGAGCCUCAGCUUCAGCCUCAGCGUCAGCAUCCAGGAUAAAUCCGUCAAUCCAAAGACGGUCAUCAUACCUGCAGCGUGCUUCGUUUUCAUGACCGCUGCUGCCACGACUCUGGUGCGAUUCCUGAAGAGAGCAAAACAGGCAAGUUCAUAUGAACUUGCAAGGACAGUUUAGACUCCCCCCAUGGAGGGAAGAGAGAUGGACUCAACAUCAGUCUGCAAUUGAGCACUGUAACAGUCCACUUCUAGCACAGAGGGGGUGUUUUCCUCAGAGGUGGACAGAGCUGUGCUUUCGGCAUGUAAGAGACUGUAUUCUUCGUUGCUAUUGGUCAAGUGAAGCUCAAACACGCAUGCACUGAAAUCAUGGUCUCGAUUCAAUCCGUAUCUUGGAAGUUGAUUGAAAUGUAAAUGUUUUCCAGUUGAGCCGACAAAUGCAGCGGUUACCGUGAAUGCAGUCUACGGGAACAUUGCCUUUUAAAAUUAAAUUGCGCUACAGCGAUGAACCUUCCGCGAUACGGAUUGUAUUGAGGCCUAAUUGUUUGUUUAUGCGUGUUCUCUACUGGUGGAUGUACAAAGCCAUGAAUGUAACUGAUGAUUUGCACAGGUAUGACUUCAAGCAUCUUGUAAUACCUUUAGUCAACCACCAGCCCAGGACAUUGCGUCACUGUAGCAUCAGACCUUCUUUCACUGGAGUUUAUAUUAUUGUUGUAUAUAAUUUAAAAAAAAAGUGAAUGAAUAUGUUUUGUACAGACUUAUUGUAAUAAAGAUGACAAUGAAAAGGUGUACCCUGCCUCCUGUUUGAACAGACACACAUGGUGUUACAGGGUUUAGGUAAGAGUUGGAGGGUGCGGAAGAAACAAGGAAACAACAGGCAUACCUCCAAAACAAACAAAGACCAAAUAGACUUGACUGAGGAUAUGGCACUCCGUAUCAAGGAAACCAUCUCAGAAUCAAACACCCACGUUCCACAAACUCUUCUGGGAAGUGUGAGACUGAUCUUCCAGUUGAGAUUGUGUUUGUCGAGAAAAAAAUACAUAAGUACAAUACCAUAUUUGUCCCAAGGGCUCAGUGAAUGGGAGGAGCAAUUUGGAGUUCAUUGUGCUUACAGACACCAGUCCCAAAUUAUCCCUGAUUGGCUUCCCCUUUAAAAGCUUUCAGCCAAAUCUGUGAAAAGACACACACAAAACUGAGGAAAUCUUAGGGGGACAAACAGUGAAAUCGAAAUUAUUGCGUUUUCUUUUUGUUCAGUAUACAUAUCAUGAAAUUAGAUGCUUCUGUUAUAUUUUUUGAGUCAUUAAAUUGACAAAUAAAUUAGGCCCUAAUCUAUGGAUUUCACGUGAAUGGGCAGGGGCACACUCAUGGAUGGGCCUGGUAGGGCGUAGGCCCACCCACUGAGGAGCCAGGCCCAGCCAGUCAGGAUGAGUUUUUCUCCACAAAAGGGCUUUAUUACAGACAGAAAUAGUCCUCAGUUUCGUCAACUGUCCGGGUGGCUGGACUCAGACGAUCCCACAGGUGAAGAAGUCAGAUGUGAAGGUCCUGGGCUGGUGUGGUUACAUGUGGUCUGCGUUUUUGAGGUCGGUUGGACGUACUGCCAUAUUCUCUAAAAUGAUAUUGGAGGCGGCUUAUGGUAGAGAUUAACAUUCAAUUAUCUGCCAACAGCUCUGGUGGACAUCCCUGCAGUCAGCAUGCCAAUUUCACACUCCCUCAAAUCUGUGGCAUUGUGUUUCGUGACAAAACGGACCAUUUUAGAGUGGUCUUUGUCUCCAACACAAGGUGCACCUGUGUAAUGAUCAUGCUGUUUAAUGAGCUUCUUGAUAUGCCACACCUGUAAGGUGGAUGGAUUAUCUUGGUAAAGGAGAAAUGCUCACUAACAGGGAGGUAAACAAAUUUGUGCAAAACAUUUGAGAAGCUUUUUGUGUGUAUGGAACAUUUCUGGGAUCUUUAUUUCAGCUCAUAAAACCAACACUAUACAUAAUGUGUUUAUAUUGUUGCUCAGUGUAGUAGGGAAAGUGUUGUGGGUAUUGGGUAAUGAUGAUGUAGCAGGAACAACAUGCAUCCCACUAUCAGUAACACUUCUCGUCUGGGUCUAGAGAUUAAUAGUCAGGUUGACCUCAUCGCCAUCCUCGGGUCAUAGGUCACAUAUACGGAUCAAAGUAGAGACAUAUUUCCACCUACAGCCUUAGACCAGAUGCCUAAUAUCCAAAUACUUUUACACACGUUGAGUCAUGGGAUGUUUUUACCCACGUCUUCUCAGGGCACAAACAAGUUAAAAGUGACAAGGACAGUGUUUUUUUUUAAAGGAAACAGCUAAGUAAUGCCCUUUUUGUAUUGGCUGAGCUCAUCUAAGAAGCACUGUGGAGUCUGUGAAGGGGUUUGUUUGUUUUACCGUCUCCAGUGAU